UUUUACAUUUCCUUAUUAAAUAAAAAUGUUCCGCCAAUCAAAAUCAUCCGUCGCGGCCCUUGACAGUGCUGACAGUGCCGUGAAAGCAAGUUUAAUUUUACGACUCAAGGAAUGUGUUAGUGAAAUUGUUAUGAAACACACGGCUGCGAGCUGGGUAUCACUGAAAAAUGAAGACGCAACCAACAUGUUGUGUUGGAUCCUGGAGGCAGUAUUUAUCCACGGACUAAAAAAUACUUUCAUCAAGUCAUUGUUCACCUCAAGAAGAGAAAAUGCCAUUCCAAACCCUUCUUUCUGGGAUUUUGUCAUGAUUUUUAGCCACCGUGAUGUGAUUGAACAGAUUCGAAAACUCAAUUACGUUAACAGUGAUGUGGGGAGAUCGAGAGCAUGGAUUCGAAUUACAUUAAAUGAAAUGAGCUUAGUUAGCUAUUUGGAAAACAUGUUUCGAAAUCAGACUUAUGUACGAAGUUUCUACAAGCCUUCCGCUUUUCUACGAGAUUCGGAAAAAUGCGACAUUUUAAAGAAUUACCUCGUUGGUGUGGUGGAAUCCUGUAAGUUUGAGUUGGUUGUGGACAAUAGUCUUUUAAAUCAGUGGACUAGUGGACCCCUUUCCUUAGUUGGGUUAUGGAUGGACGAUAAUAUUUCCCAAGGGAUUGAUGUUGCUUCAAACAUGGAUUCCGAAGAUUUACAAACAAUUCCUCAACUCGGGAAGGUGAAGAAUCCCGUACCUGAAUUCGUUACUGCCUUGCGACGCCAACCACUUCUCGCAGAAGAAGAUGCACUUCGUAUCAUAAUGGCAUCGAAGCCGUCGUCUUCCAGUAAUGCAUCCAGCCGGCGCAAUUCAGAUGCAAGUCAAUCUGGAGCAACUGCUCAUGGGAAAGAGUCCCCAAUGAUUGUUGGUAGUUAUUCCGGAUCUGGUGGUUAUGGAUCCAAAAGAAUUGCUGACUCGGUGCUGUCAACGCAAGAUCAGUCCGCAUUUUCAACAGUGUCCAAGUCAAAUUCAAGAAAAGAAUUAUCAUUAGCAGAUAUCAAGCAGAACGAGUUGCAGCACAAAAUAGUCACAACGACCUCCACCUCAAAGAGAUCAGAAACUGUUCAACAUGCAAACACAAGUUCGGAGAAAGUUGUUCAAGAAAGCAAAGUAAUUUUGGAUGUGACGCCAGAAGAACCAAUUAUUCCUAGCUCGAAAAUCAUUCUUGACUCAGACGCAAGAAGCUCUAGUAAUGUGGAAAAUGAAGAAUUAAGUUACUUGGAUCUUCUUGCGGCGUACAAUAAUGAAAAGAAAAUUGGUGCUGAAAUUUAUAGUGGUUCAAGUAUGGAAACCACAACUGAUAAUGAUGGUUUGGAGUCUUCAGAUAUCACCACUUCCUUUACCGACUCUCAAAGACUGAAGCAGCAGGAUGGAUGGCAGAUAAUUUUCACCUAUGAUGCAAAUAAUCAUUCACCUGAAAUGUACUCUCAAAUCACGGAAUUUGUGGGCAAGAUUGCAAAUGAAGUCGGAAUGGAUAUCCAGCAGUACAGUUGUAAAUGUUGUAGUGCACCUAUUGGAAUGAGCAUUGCAAUAGCUAGAGUAUGUCACUUCACGGGGAAUUAUUUUUGCAGUAAUUGUCACCUUUUGGACAUGAACGUGAUACCAUCUCGGAUACUUUUGAAUUGGGAUUUUACGCUGUACAGCGUUUGCAGAUUAUCUCACGACUUUAUUCAAAUGGUAAAGGAUCAACCACUCUUUGAUUUGGAACGAAUUAAUUCCAAAUUAUAUACUUUCAUCGACGAGUUGAGCGAACUUCGCGAUCUUAGGACAAAAUUAUACUAUGUAUCAAUGUACCUUCAAACUUGUAAAGACGAAACGGCAUUUGAAGAAUUUAAAAAAGAAAUGUGUUCACGGGAAUAUAUAUACGAGAAGAUUCAUCUUUAUAGCUUAUCAGACUUGUUAUCAGUUACCAAUCGAGCAUUAUCUGCUCCCUUAACCAAAUUACUUAAAUCAGGAAAAUCUCACAUAAUUUCGUGCAAAAUAUGUAAAGCGAAAGGCUUCGUUUGCGAAAUAUGCAAAAACCCAGAAGUGAUUUUUCCUUUUAACUUGGAAUCAAUUUUUAAGUGUCGAUCUUGUGGUGCUGUUUACCAUGCCAAAUGUAUGAACCCUUCGAAACCCUGUCCUCGAUGUCAGCGGUGGAAGAAUAUUCCUCAAGACAAAUAUAUCUGUGAUGAUGAUAGCUGAUAUAUAUAAUCUGCAUAUAAUGUGCUCUAGAUAUAUAAUGAGGGAUUUUGCGAUACAAAGAAUACUAAGGAUACCAAGGAAUCAUGAUUACCCUCAUUAGUACUUCGCACUGUGUUAAUUUAUGAUUUGCUACUUACGUAUAUUUGCAUUUGAAAUAGCAUGCAAUAAUAAAUUGUGACUUAAUAUCUGA